AUCCGGCCAGUGAUCGGCAAGUCAGUUUCCGGUUAACUUCCGGCUUCAUCCGCAGCACCAUGAACUUUACUAGAUGUCUACAGAAUCUGCCAAGGAUAUCAAUAAAUGAUGUUCACCGUAUCGUGGACGCCCACUCCCCUGCUCCCAAGAACAAGAGGGAAAAGGGGUUUCGCCUCUAUAUCUCAAGUUACCUACACCAGUACGAGGAUGAGCUUCACUGUGGUUGAGUUUACUGACAAUGCCAUUGAGGUUGUGCCAUCUUCAUGGGUCGAAAACACUUCUGAGGGGGGCUUCCUCUGCUACUGGACACCACUUAAUGCGAAAGCAUGUAAUUAACUGCAGCGAGCCAAACAGAAGCUGGGCUAAACAUCCAGUCAAGAAACUAUGGUACACAACAGAUUCCUACACCAAAGCAGACCGGAAAUGUCUGCGACUGAUGGACUCUUCAAGUGUUGAGACAGAAGAUGACGCAAAUAUUCAUCAAUCAAGGCUGCGUAGACGCCCAAGGAGAUUCAAUUCAGACUCCUCUAGUGAUGAUGAUUCCAAUCCAACGGCAAGAAAGCACUCCAGGACUGUGGUUAUGUCUGGAAGCCCUGUGGGUCAGCAGAUUUCUCUGCCUACACCACCGUCAUGUAAGGUUGUUUUUUUUAAUUGUCUGAUGUGUUAGCGAGGGAGGGACUCGGAGUAGAACCGCUGCUCCUUCGCGUUGAAAGGAGCCAGUUGAGGUGGUUCGGGCACCUAGUGAGGAUGCCACCUGGGCGCCUCCCUAGGGAGGUGUUCCAGGCACGUCCAGCUGGGAAGAGACCGAGGGGUAGACCUAGGACCAGGUGGAGGGAUUAUAUCUCUUCGCUGGCCUGGGAGCGUCUUGGAAUCCCCCAGUCAGAGCUGGUUGAUGUGGCCAGGGAAAGGAAAGUUUGGGGCUCUCUGCUGGAGCUGAUACCUCCGCGACCCUGACGGAAAAGCGGGAGAAGAUGGCUGGAUGGAUGGAUGGAUGGAUGUGUUAGCAUAGGUUCAUGUUUCGCAAAUACCAUGUAUAAGAAGCCCAAUUUAAAUGAACUGACAUUCAUAUCCACUUUCUUUUCAGAUGGGUCAAAACCACUCACACAUGUAGCCAGUCACUCGACCAGACAUGUAGCCAGUCAUCAGAUGGAUACAUCUCUGAACCCAGUUCGAACAAUGACUCAUGCUGCAGAGGAAGGGGCCUCAGGCUCUCAGAUUGAGAUAAGUACUUUAUACACACUUAAGAUGCUCACAUAGGAAAGUAUAUCAUGUAUAAAAACUCAAAUGAAUUCCAUCACAAAUGUCCCCGUAGUCAUGGAAGCACACAUGGGCUGCAUGAUGAGGAGGAUCGAUGCUUUGGAGGCUAUGGUCGAAGCCCUCAUCUCUAGAACACACUUGCCUCAGCCUCUGCUUCAGGCAGAAGAUCUCUUGUUGGCACCCUGCAGAACAGUAGACGAGCUAGAGGAGUUGGACAGGAGUCUGGCUCAAGAAGACAGGAGGAACAAAAUGCAACAUUUCCUUGGAACCAUUGGAGGGGCAAGUACAGGGGCAGCCAUUCGACGUAUUCUACGGCGAGUGGCAACCAACGAUGUCCUGGCCCAGUACAGCCUGAGGGGGAGAAGGGCCAAAAAGUCCUUCCAAGACUUAGCGCUAUGCAAGAUAAUAAGAGCGGCCUGUGUGAAGAACUUCCCUGGCCAGACCGAAGCUGAGGUCGAGGAGUGCAUUGGGCACGUGCUCAAGUCUGCUCCACACAGACGGCCAGCUGGUCAGCAACACUGAAGAUGCCGGACCGGCAGUCAAGAAGUUCUGCACCAAUUCUGCACCUUUUCUUUAGAUAUUACUUUUGUUUUUGAAUUGUAUUAUUGGCUUAUAUUGUUG